AUGAUUAAUAUUAAAUAAAUAAUAUAAGCAAUUAAAGGAUGUAUACAAAUUUUAAUAUUAAAAGAAAAUAUCUAAGACUUAAGAAAGUUUAAUCCUUCCCCCGAGUAAGAGUGCAGUAAUUAGAAAAUGAGAUUAAUACAUUUAGCCGCGUCAUAUCCUAGUAUUGAAAUUUUAGAAUUUUUUAUUGAGAAAUCUUAAAAUUUAGAAAUCACAGAUUCUAUAGGAAGAACUCCUUUGCAUUAUGCUGUUAAUAAUGGAUAAUUAAAAAAUGUUGAAUUAUUGAUAAAAAAAGGAGCUAAGAUAGAAGCGUAAACAAUAGGCGGUGAUACACCUUUGAUAAAAUCUGCAUUAUUAAAAAAUCAUUAAUGCUAUCAUUAUUUAAUUGGCGAAGGCGCAAAUAAAUUACAUUAAAACUGUAUUGGGCAAAGUGCUGAAUAAAUAUAUUAAUAUAAUUGA